AUGCCCCAUUCUGUCGAAGCAGAAGCCAUGUCCUCCCCAAGCAACGUUAAGGACGAGCCUAUGGAGGAGACAGGAAUCUCUGAUGAGGCUCCUAAUGCGACUGAGGCAGAUGUCAAGAUGGACGAGACAGAAGACGUCAAAAAGGAAGCCAAACAACUCGAGGAUCUAUUCGACGAUGUCGACUCGGACGAGGAGUUUCCCAGUUCCGCCGCUGUUCAGCCAAGCUCACAAGUUGCACCGCUUUUCGAUGCUAUGACAUUGAAAGCCUCAGAUCCUGAAGUCAUGCGAAGCUUCUAUCAGCGACUAUUCCCAUGGCGAUACCUAUUUCAGUGGCUCAAUCACAGUCCAACCCCAACAAACGACUUUGGCAACCGAGAGUUCGCUUUCACUCUCCAGAACGAUGCCUACCUCCGAUACCAAUCCUUCCCCACUGCCGAUAUGCUCCGCAAGGACGUUCUCCGAUUAAUGCCCUCUCGUUUCGAAAUCGGACCCGUGUACACCACCAAUCCCCGGGACCGAAAGCAACUCCGCAACUCAUCCGCCUUCAAGCCCCUCGCGAAAGAGCUAUGUUUCGAUAUAGAUUUGACAGAUUACGAUGAUAUUCGAACAUGCUGUGACAAGGCCAACAUCUGCAACAAGUGCUGGCAGUUCAUGACAAUGGCUAUUAAAGUGGUAGAUGUUGCGCUGAGAGAAGACUUUGGCUUCAAGCACAUCAUGUGGGUGUACUCAGGACGACGAGGUGCUCACGCCUGGGUUUGCGAUAAGAAGGUUCGAAGCAUGGACGAUCAGAAGAGAAGAGCAAUUGCAGGCUAUCUUGAGGUGGUCAAGGGAGGUGCACAGAGCGGAAAGAAGGUGAAUGUGAGGAGGCCAUUACAUCCUCAUUUGGCACGGAGCCUGGAGAUCCUGAAAACUCAUUUCCAAGAAGACGUUCUUGAUGUCCAAGACCCAUGGGCUUCUGCUGAGCAAUCUGAGAAGCUUUUGCAACUUCUCCCAAACCAGAACCUUAACGAAUCACUAAGAAGGAAAUGGGAUGCCGCUCCAGGACGUGCAUCAGCCUCAAAAUGGGCUGACAUUGACGCUGUAGCAAAGUCAGGCGCCAGCAAAAACCUCGACGCCAGACAGCUCCUUGAAGCCAAGCAAGACAUCGUUUUAGAAUACACCUACCCCCGACUGGAUAUUGAAGUCAGCAAGAAACUCAACCAUUUGCUGAAGAGUCCUUUUGUCGUGCAUCCUGGUACUGGCCGAGUUUGUGUGCCCAUUAACACAAAGAAUCUUGAGGACUUUGAUCCUCUAGGCGUGCCUACGGUGCAGGAACUUUUGGCCGAGAUCGACUCCUGGAAGGGGGAGGAGGAGGAGGGUGGUAAAGGCACAGCUGACUGGGAAAAGACAAGCCUCAAGCCAUAUAUCGAGCAGUUCAGACAUUUUGUCAAUGGAUUGAUGAAGGAUGAGAAGGAUGUCAAGGUUAAGCGGGAGCGGGAGGAUGAAACCAUGGACUUUUAG